CGUCGAUUUUGAUGUUGGAUUCAAUUCGCCUGUGUCAAAAUGGGGGCUGGCAGCAAAGUUGACAAAAUUUAAAGCAAUAAGAGGAAAUCCAUUGACUGUGCAAUGUUAACUCCUAACAAGGAACGUAGAAAACAUUUGUAUUUCAGGUAGUGACGUGCACGAGCACACAGACAGAUAAGGAAGAGUUUUCUAGAGUAGACAAUAGUCGAUAUCCCCUGACCGCGUGCAUCUAAUAUACGUACGGCGGACACGGUUCCAUAACUGGUUGAAAGGAAACAGGUUCACCUAUCAAACGCUAUAAAAAGGAACGUCUCGUUACGUCACUCUUAACGCAGCGACCAGGCCUACCAGCGGGAUUCCGCGAUUGGCGGGGGAAAGCCACGCCCACAAUCCUUUUCCUUGGUUGUAACCAAUUGAAACAAUCCCGGUGUUUUAACGCCCCUUAAAACCGUAAGGGCUGUUCGAUUAGACAUGGCGGCGCUUCGUGUUAUUGUUUCUCGGUUAGGGGAACGGGUGGCUAAACACGUGCAGCAAUGGAACAGAAAAGGUGUGAGGACUCCGAGCAGAACGGUCGCUCAUUUUACCUUCCAGCCAGACCCGGAACCCACACAUUAUGGAACUACCCAAAAGAUGAAUCUGUUCCAAUCUAUACACAGUGCUUUGGAUAAUACUUUGGCCAGGGAUCCAACAGCAGUGAUAUUUGGUGAGGAUGUUGCUUUUGGAGGUGUAUUUCGGUGUACAGUUGGACUUAGAGAUAAAUACGGUAACGACAGAGUCUUCAAUACACCCUUGUGUGAACAGGGAGUUGUUGGAUUUGGCAUUGGUGUUGCUGUUGCUGGUUCUACCUCUAUUGCAGAAAUCCAGUUUGCAGACUACAUUUUUCCAGCAUUUGAUCAGAUUGUAAAUGAAGCUGCUAAAUAUAGAUAUCGUUCUGGAGACCUGUUUGAUUGUGGCAGUCUGACUAUUCGAGCACCAUGGGGCUGUGUUGGUCAUGGUGCCCUUUACCAUUCCCAGAGUCCUGAGGCCUUCUUUGCUCAUGUUCCUGGAAUUAAGGUGGUCAUUCCAAGGAGUCCAAUCCAGGCAAAAGGCUUGUUGCUGUCAUGUAUAGAGGAUAAAAACCCAUGUAUUUUCUUUGAACCAAAGAUACUAUAUAGAGCAGCAGUUGAGCAAGUUCCUGUGGAGCCAUACUACAUUCCUCUUUCACAAGCUGAAGUACUUCAAGAGGGAACAGAUGUCACACUUAUUUCUUGGGGUACUCAGGUCCAUGUCAUUCGUGAGGUUGCACUUAUGGCUCAAGAAAAACUUGGCUUGUCCUGCGAAGUGAUUGACUUAAGAACCAUUUUGCCUUGGGAUGUAGAAACUGUUUGCAAGGUCUAGAAUCUCUGGAAAUCUCAAGUCAAUGGAAUAUGGAAAAAAUGCUCCUCUGUCAUCACAGUUCCUGAUUCUAAAGGAUAAAAGUGAAAAAAAAAUAACGAUUGAUAAAAUUUUUAAAACGUAUUUCUAUUAGAACUUUUUGUUCAAACACUUUGCCAAAUUUCAGACCUACAUCAAGUUGAGAUGCUGAGACUUGAUGUUAGAAAUGUGGAGAUUGGCAGGCCGAUUCCAAU